AUUCGCUGACAGUCGCUCUAUGAAUGGUUGUCUAUUAACUUGUUCAAAAAGUAUCAGGAGUUGACAAGGGCUCUGGCGAGGAGGGAAACCGAGUUUGUGUCGAUUCCUCAAGACUGAGAAAAGAAGUUUGUGGAAACCAACAGGACCUAAUAGCGCUUUGACUUCCUCAGCAAAGUUACCAGAACUGCUAAGGUAACUUCAGCUGCCUCCACUUUUUUUUUAUUUUUCUGGACUUUUUGUUUUGGUUUUUGUUGGUCUGCUGGUGUGGAAGACUUUCACAAACUCGUUUUUAAAUGUACAACAUGAUGGAAACCGAGCUCAAGCCCCCGGCGCCUCAGCCCAACACGGGGGGCACGGGGAACACCAACUCCUCAGGAAACAACCAGAAAAACAGCCCGGACCGGGUCAAGAGACCCAUGAACGCCUUCAUGGUGUGGUCGCGGGGCCAGAGGAGGAAAAUGGCACAGGAGAACCCCAAAAUGCACAAUUCGGAAAUAAGCAAGCGACUCGGGGCCGAGUGGAAACUUCUGUCCGAGAGCGAGAAGCGGCCGUUCAUCGACGAAGCCAAGCGCCUUCGGGCUCUCCACAUGAAGGAACACCCGGAUUACAAAUACAGACCCCGGAGGAAAACCAAGACCCUCAUGAAGAAGGACAAGUACACCCUGCCGGGCGGGCUCCUGGCGCCGGGCGGGAACGCCAUGGGCGCCGGUGUGGGUGUAGGGGCCGGCUUGGGCGCAGGGGUCAACCAGAGGAUGGACAGCUACGCGCACAUGAACGGCUGGACCAACGGGGGCUACGGCAUGAUGCAGGAGCAGCUCGGGUACCCGCAGCACCCGGGGCUCAACGCGCACAACACGGCGCAGAUGCAGUCCAUGCACCGCUACGACAUGAGCGCGCUCCAGUACAACUCCAUGACCAACUCGCAGACCUACAUGAACGGAUCGCCCACCUACAGCAUGUCCUACUCGCAGCAAAGCACGCCGGGAAUGACGCUGAGCUCCAUGGGCUCGGUGGUCAAGUCCGAGUCCAGUUCGAGUCCGCCGGUGGUCACGUCGUCCUCUCACUCCCGGGCCGGACAGUGUCAAACGGGGGACCUGCGGGACAUGAUCAGUAUGUACCUGCCCGGGGCCGAGGUGCAGGACCAGAGCGCGCAGAGCAGACUGCACAUGUCCCAGCACUACCAGAGCGCGCCUGUGCCCGGCACGACGAUUAACGGCACGAUCCCACUAUCGCACAUGUAAAAAAACAAAAAAACAAAACAAGAACUUUUCUACACUGCUGGACUCCUUUGGACUAUUUUUGUACAGAACACUUUUUUUGGGGAGGGGAAAGUUGUAUAGAGCUCAAGGAAAGAACACAAAACUUUUGCUUUCUAUUUAAAAAGGAACGGUAGGAACUCCACACAGUUUGUCGUUCUGUUGUUCUUUUUUUUUCUUUGCCUUUCUUUGCUUUUUUUUGUUUUAUUCCAGAAGGUGUAUGCGAUUUGGAAAAAGUACGGGGGGAGAGUGAAGCAAAUGUUUUAUUAUUGCAAUCGACUUUUUUUGUACAGUAUUUAUCAAAGAAACAUAAUAACAACCAGAUGUAAUGUUUGUAAACAGCAGGAAGUUACGUUUUUAUUAAAAGGCAAUUGUGCAACAAAAAAAGAGAGAAAAAUAUGGCACAAUAACUGAUGUUUACUGCUUCAGUAUAUGCUCCAAAAAUUCUGAACGAAAGAACGGGAUAAAAAGAGUUUCUCAUUGAAGGUACAUAGUAAUAAUUAUUAUUAUAUUAUUAAGUUCUAAAUGAGAGAACAAACAGAGGCACUCUCGCAGGUUAGACCUUUUCAUUUGAUUUGAUUAUUUUCGGUCUCCCACUCUUCAUCUGUUAGGUAUAUGAAGUUUGUGUUCUUUAUUUUUCUCAUGGUUUGUAAAAUCUUCUGUACAUUUUCUGUGAUAUUUUAAGUUUUUAUUUUAAAACUUUCAUUUUUCCUAGUUGUAAAAUGUGGCCUGUACGCAGUUGCCAACGCUCCAUGUAUAUAUUUUAACUAAUAACAUCAUUAUAACAGUUACAAUCUGAGUUUUUUUUUUCAAUAUGCAGUUUGAAAUGAAUAAAUUUUUGAAAUUUGGAUAUUU